AUGGAAGCAUCGAAGUACUAUCCUCUUACCGAACCUACAUGCUAUCACUCGGAUCUGACUACGCCUGAUCACAGGCUUUGUCGACGAUAUGAUUCUACACUUUCUGUUUGCUCGGCGUGCAAAGGCGGCCACUUGAAGGGAAGUUGGUACUAUUACUAUUGUGCUACUUGCAAUUUAGAAUUCCACCGAGGUUGUCACAGGUUUCCACCAGAACUUAUACACCCUUUUCAUCCUUCACAUCCUCUAACUUUUGUCUGCCUAUAUCCUGAUUUUGACAUGUCUCACCUAGACCAUGCCUGGAUAGAUAAAUCCCUCCAACCAGGAAGACCCUGGAGUGAUGGUGAGGAUUAUGCCUCUAUAUCCGACAAAAUUGGUGGAAAAUGCAAAUGUUGUUGGAGACCUCUUAUUGGCUUAUACUACCAUUGUUUCAAAUGUAACUUCAGCAUUGACAUCUAUUGUACCCUACACCCACCACAAAUGACUAUCACACAUUUAAAAAGCCAUGAACACACCCUCACCGUUUUUCACACUCGAAUCCCUUUGCCCAGUAAUGCUUGUGGAGUGUCUCUCGAUAAAUCCAAUGAUAUCGUUUACGCUUGUCUCCCUUGUAGCUACAUGGUCCACAAGAAAUGCAUCUACUUGCCUCGCGUCAUUAAGCUCACUCGUCACCCACAUCGUCUCUCUUUCACUUCUGUCCUUUCUUCUAAUGACUUCCCUUGUGGUGUGUGUCGCCAAAGUGUCAACGUCAACUACGGGCAAUAUUCUUGCAAUGAAGGAUGUCCUAAUGCUGUCCAUUCCAAAUGUGCCACAAGGGACGAUGUGUGGGAUGGUAAAGAGCUUGAAGGGGUGCCCGAAGAAUAUGCUGACAUCACUGAGCCAUUCACAAGGAUUGAUGAAGCGACAAUACAACAUUUCAGUCAUGACCAUCAUCUAAGUCUCCACUGCAACAACAACAACCGUGGAAAGCAAGAAAACAAAUUUUGCCAUGCAUGCAUCAUUCCUAUAAUGAUUUCAGAGAGCUUUUAUGUUUGUAAUCUCCUGGAAUGUGUUAAAAGCAAGUCUUUGUUGUGUCUCAAAUGCGCCACUAUACCUUCUGUGGCGUACUACAAAUAUGAUAGGCAUCCACUCACUCUUUGCUGCGGCGAAGAGGACGCAACAAAUCUCCGAUAUUGGUGCGAGAUUUGUGAAUCACAAAUUGAUGCAACAAAAUGGUUCUACACAUGCAACCACUGUCAGGUCACUCUCCAUCUUAGAUGUCUAUUGGGGGACACGGUCUACUUCAAGCCUCGCCACCGCAUCAAAAUAUCGGGCGAGGAGGACGAGUAUGAAGUAGUUCUCAAUAGUGGUAACUCUCGCCCAUUUUGCUGUAGAUGUAGUAGACGUUGCAUUGAAAGAGGUUCCAAUCCGUGCCCGAACUUUCAAGGUGUGUCAAUCCAUUCCCCAACUAUAAUAAACCAUCCGAUACGUACCCCAACUCUUUCUCGCCUGGCCAUAACCAACAUUGACCAUCACCCCGUUAGUCAACUACGCGAAUCCGUUAACGGUGCUGAGUCAUCUUGCCACGUCAGCUGCCCCGUUGGAACGGGAUAUCAAAACGAUGUCGUUUUUCUCUAA